GCUCAGGACCUGGGGCUCCCCUGCCCUGCCAGGCCUUAGAGCACGGCUCUGCCUGGCAGAAUAGAUAGGACUGGGCCGUGCUCGGCAGCUGAGAGCGCUCCCCAGCUCAGAUACCAGGGCCUAGGAUCCCCGUGCGGAGCCAGAGACCGGGCAUCACGGGUCCCCAGUGAUGCUAGGUGCAGCUUCCCCGUGGGCACCCAGAGCAGAUGCCCUGUGCCUGAGCAGAUGCCCCACGCCUAAGCUGCUCCAGAUGCCUGUCGCCUGCUGCACCCAUCAGGAUCUGGCUGCCAGUUGUCACCAAGAGCACAGGAUGCACAGAGGUCUUGGUGACUGAUUCGCCAGGGAGGAACCAGGCCUUCUGCAUCACCGCUGCUGCCCCCGCUCCCUCCUGCGCUGAGUCGCAGGGCAUCAUUUUCUUCUGAGAGGAGCCCCGCCAGCUGAUCAAAAUAGAGUCCCUCCGGGUGAAAGUCGACUUCCUGAAGGCGCCCCUGGGCCUGAAGAAGCCCGCUCUCAAGGAGGCCGCGGCCGCCUUGGCGGCCGUCCCCGGGCCCGGACGGGCCAAGUCCGUCAACGUGGAGCGCUACAAGGCGCGGCGCUCCGACAACAUGGACAACGAGUCACAGUACUCGGGCUACUCCUACAAGUCGGGGCAUUCACGGAGCUCCCGCAAGCAUCGAGACCGACGGGACCGGCACCGCUCCAAAAGCCGAGAUGGGAGCCGCGGCGACAAGUCAGUGACCAUCCAGGCCCCCGGCGAGCCCCUCCUGGACAACGAGUCGACCCGAGGGGAUGAGAGGGAUGACAACUGGGGCGAGACUACAACGGUGGUGACGGGGACAUCGGAGCACAGCAUCUCGCACGAUGACAUCACGCGCAUCACCAAGGACAUGGAGGACAGCGCCCACCUGGACUGCUCGCGCCACCUGGGCGUCUCACUGGGCGGGGCGCUGGCGCUGCUGUCCUUCCUCACCCCGCUGGCCUUCAUGCUGCUGCCCCAGCUGCUGUGGCGGGAGGAGCUGGAGCCCUGCGGCACGCCUUGCGAGGGGCUCUUCAUCUCCGUGGCCUUCAAGCUGCUCAUCCUGCUGCUGGGCAGUUGGGCCCUCUUCUUCCGGCGCCCCAAGGCUUUCUUCCCCCGCGUCUUUGUCUUCCGGGCCCUGCUGAUGGUGCUCGUCUUCCUGCUGGUUGUCUCCUACUGGCUCUUCUACGGCGUGCGCAUCCUAGACUCACGGGACCGUGACUACCAGGGCAUCGUGCAGUACGCCGUGUCACUGGUGGAUGCCCUGCUCUUUGUCCACUACCUGGCUGUGGUGCUGCUGGAGCUGCGCCAGCUUCAGCCCCAGUUCACGCUCAAGGUGGUGCGCUCCACCGACGGGGCCAGCCGCUUCUACAACGUCGGCCACCUCAGCAUCCAGCGAGUGGCCGUGUGGAUCCUGGAGAACUAUUACCAUGAUUUCCCCGUCUACAACCCCGCCCUCCUCAACCUGCCAAAAUCCGUCCUGUCCAAGAAAAUGUCCGGGUUCAAGGUGUAUUCCCUCGGCGAGGAGAAUUCAACAAACAACUCCACGGGCCAGUCACGGGCUGUGAUCGCCGCAGCCGCCCGACGGCGUGACAACAGCCACAACGAGUACUACUACGAAGAGGCAGAGCACGAGCGGCGGGUGCGAAAGCGGCGCGCCAGGUUGGUGGUGGCUGUGGAGGAAGCCUUCACCCACAUCAAGCGGCUGCAAGAGGAGGACCAGAAGAACCCGCGAGAGAUCAUGGACCCGCGGGAAGCAGCCCAGGCCAUCUUCGCCUCCAUGGCCCGCGCUAUGCAGAAGUACCUGCGCACUACCAAGCAGCAGCCCUACCACACCAUGGAGAGCAUCCUGCAGCACCUGGAGUUCUGCAUCACCCAUGACAUGACUCCCAAGGCCUUCCUGGAGCGGUACCUGAGCGCUGGGCCCACCAUCCAGUACCACAAGGACCGCUGGCUGGCCAAGCAGUGGACUCUGGUCAGCGAGGAGCCCGUGACCAAUGGCCUGAAGGACGGUGUGGUCUUCCUUCUCAAGCGCCAUGACUUCAGCCUGGUGGUGAGCACCAAGAAGAUCCCCUUCUUCAAGCUCUCCGAGGAGUUUGUGGACCCCAAGUCACACAAGUUUGUCAUGAGGCUGCAGUCAGAGACCUCAGUGUGAACUGAAAAGGGCAUGGGGUGGGGGGAGAGGGGCAGGAUGUGCCCCGGACCCUUUGCCACGGUCCCCGGUGAGCGUCAGGGGAAGCGCCUCCAACCAGCACGCGAGCCCGUUGCCUCCCCAAGGCCUCGCCGUGACCCCUCUGUCUCUCGUCGUCUCCACUUGGGGCUCAGAGCCUUUCUCCGUUCCCCCAUCCCCACUCCCUCCCAAACCCAGAUUCUUGUAGCAAUCUCCCCGGGGGUGCGGGCAGCAUCUCAGCCAAGCCAGGACCCCGCGUUUAGUGCCAGAUUUCAAGGGCUACUUCCGUGAACUUUCUCACCAGCAUCUCCAAGUGCCCGGGCUCCGUUCCUCUCGGGACUGUCCCAUCUCUGGCCUUUCACAGCCUCCCCGGAGGUUUGGGAUUUGGGGCUAGCGAUGCCCUCAUUGGAAGCUGCGGGAAGCUGGCCAGCACCUCUGAAAUGCCACGGCAGCUAUGCCAACUUCCCCCGGCCCACCACAGGCAGGAAGAAACCACCCUGCCAGCCCUCCUGCUGAAGCCUGGUGCAGAAAGAUCUCCCGCGAGGCUUCCCAUAGCAGCAGCAACAACACAGAACUGGUUUUUGAAGAGUAAGAGGUUUUAAGUGGUAACUCUCCCUCUUCACCCCCAUCCAACACCUGAUCUGUGUCUUCUAAGCAGUGACUGCCACCCCCAAGCCUGUCCCGUCCCCCUUCGAUGUCCUGGUUUGAUUCUUCCUCUCGGCCAAGCCCCUUUUGCAUGGAUCCCAGCACCAGAAAAGGGCUUUCAUGCAGGCAUCAGCUAUGAGCAAUGCAAAGGGCUCUCCAGGCAUCCAGUCCCCGGUCUGUGCAGGCAUGUAGCUGGCGAUAGUGGCACCCAAGCCCCUGCUUGCUCCUGUCUGUAGCUGAGACCUCUCUCUCUACUGCCUUGAGGACCCGAAGGUUUCCCCCUCCCCACCCCAUCCCCCUUGAUUUUUUCUCCAGAGAACAGGCUCAGUCACUCGCUGUCCGUGUCGUGCCCUGGGCCAGGCCCCUGCUUGUGUGUGCAUCUCUGGUUGUCCCCGCAGUGUAGUCGUCGUCCCAGCCCAUCACUCCGAUGGGACCCCCCUGCCCAUGGGCCUGUAUGAAUUGUGCCUAUGCCAUGGUCUGCACCGGGGUGGGAGCAGAGUGGGCACUGCCCUCUGCCCACCCCAGCACAGCCGGGCAAACAUUACGAUGGGCUCUCCCCGGACAGGUGGGGGUCCUCUCUCUGGUCGUUUCUGCUCUCGGACCUGGCCGCGGCAUCCCUCUCUCUAGGGUUGCAAAUACCUCACGCGUUUUCUACGGGGUUCUUCGCGCCGGCUGGGCCGCGGGGAGGGUGGGGGGGCUGUCAUUGUGCUGCCGUCUGUGCUGUGCGAGGUGCUCACGUGUGUCGUCCCGGUGUGGGGGGGGUUUUCGGUAGGACCUGCCAGGUUUCCUCACUGUGAUUUUGUUUCUGUCUGUCGGGUUUUUGAAGCACUGCAAGGAUUUGAGGACUGUGAUUUUCCAGGAGGGGGGUGAGAGGGUGGCAGUGGUUUGCCCUCGGAAGUCAGGACUGUGAUGUUUAAGCUUCUUGUUCUUUUUAGUUUUAAGACUAGAUCCCCUCCCUGUCCCCCUUGACACUGUUGUGAGGGGGUUUCCACUUGUGUGACCUCCUGGAGAAGCCGGCUAAGAGCCCUCCAGGCUGUAGCUGCCAACCCUGUCAAUGCCUGUCUGUCCCCACCACAGGGCGGUACGUUGCUGCCCAUCACUGCGGUCUCUGGGCUUCUUCCGUGUGAAGCCUGUAGCAAUAGUGAGGACUUCAGGGAGCUUCUCUAACUCUUACCCUUUGUAGCACCAUGUCCCUGGGGUAGGGCAUCUCUGUUAGUGGGCAUCUCCGUUAGUGCGCUACCAUGUCUUUGGGGUAGGACAUCUCCAUUUGUGGGCACCUCCGUUAGUGCCCUGCCAUGUCCCUGGGGUAGGGCACCUCCAUUAACCCCAGCUAAGGGUCCAGCCUUUGUACCCACACCGAUUUCACCCCCUUCCUACCCCAGGUCACCUCGCUGCUUGAAGCCGCUGGGUCUGACCGCAACCUCAGAGGCUUUGCACCUUGCAGCUGUGGGACAGCCACCCCCUGCACCGUGCCCUGCCAAAUCCCAGAUCCCAAGAGCAAGCCAAACCUCUGGCUUGCAGAGGAUGCUGCAUGCCCACAUCUGUCCUCCACCACUUACACCUUGAUACCAUCCCACCUGCCUUUUUGUGCUCUCCUUCUCCAAGCCCCUGGGGGGUUGUUUUUGCCAACACUGCUCCUGGCUCAGUCCCGGACUCCAUGUGCUCCUUUCUGUCACGUUUGCGGGGGUAGGAAUUUUGUUGUUUUUGUUUUUUUUUAACGGCAAAAAAAGAAGAAAAAACAAAGCCGGCUCUUGGCUGGAGCGAGGUUGUAAAUGUAGACUCCUUUGGUUUUCUUUUUCCCCAACUCUUAAGUUUAAGGAGAACAUUCCCCCCCCCCUCCUUUUUUUUACAGAGCCAACCUGUUGUGCAUGCGUGUAGAAAGUUGUAAAAUGUAAAAUUGUUUUUUAAUAUAUAAAAAGCUUGUUUUUACAGUUUGCAGUGGAUCGAGGCCUUGCUGCCACCAAUGUAGGACCUUCAUUUUUUCAUGAAUAGAGGAAUUAAAAUUGUACAAUUUCUUUUUUUUUUAUAAAAUAAACACAUUUGACAUUUUG